AUGGAGGCCGGGGUGGAGGCCGGAGCUGGGGUGGAGGAAGGACCUGGGAUGGAGGCCGGAGCUGGGUUGGGGGCCGGAGAGGCGUGCGGCCGGCGGCGCCCGGGAGAGGCCAACGUGACGUGGGCACGGGGCCGGAUCGUGGGUGGCAGUGUGGCCCCUCCGCGCUCCUGGCCCUGGCUGGUGGCCCUGCGGCUCGGUGGCCAGGCCAUGUGCGGAGGCGUGAUCGUCGGAGACGCCUGGGUCCUCACUGCAGCGCACUGCUUCUCAGGCGUUCAGAACGAACUCUCGUGGACGGUGGCACUGGGUGACCCCCCUCCAGGACAACACGAGGAAGAGAUGUCCGUCAAUCGCAUCCUGGUUCACCCCAAGUUUGACCCCCGGACCUUCCACAAUGACCUGGCGCUGGUACAACUGCAGACCCCACUGUCUCCGUCAGAGUGGGUACAACCUGUUUGCCUUCCUGAGGGAUCUUGGGAGCUCCCGGAGGGCACGAUCUGUGCCAUCGCUGGCUGGGGAGCCAUCUAUGAAGAGGGUCCGGCAGCAGAGACGGUGAGGGAGGCCCGGGUGCCCCUGCUCAGCUUGGACACCUGCCGGGCGGCCCUGGGGCCGGCCCUCCUCACCGCCACCAUGUUCUGUGCCGGCUACUUGGCCGGGGGCGUCGAUUCCUGCCAGGGUGACUCUGGGGGCCCCCUGACAUGUGCCGUUCCCGGGGCCCCUGAGAGGGAGAUGCUCUAUGGAAUCACCUCUUGGGGGGAUGGCUGUGGGGAGCCGGGGAAGCCCGGUGUCUACACCCGGGUGGCGGCCUUCAGCGACUGGGUCCACCGGCAGAUGAGCGGUGAGUGGCCCCGGCCCCCAAGAGUCCCCUCUACCCUUCCCCCGACGGUGGGAUCGGGUGAGCAGAGCUCCGAGGUGGAAAAACCCAGAUUCCCGGGAUCGAAUCCCCGUCCGUCGUCCGUAACGGGCGAGCCCCUUCCCCACUCUGUGCCCCACUGA